AUGUCAGGCGACAAUACGUUUGAGGUGACGGACGAUUUUGUAGAAGAUACCUUUGAUAAGCUUUUAAAGCUUAUUUGGGAGAAUGAUCUGGAGCUGUCUAAAGAGAAGCCUAAGACAGUUAUGGGGCAUCAACUAUAUGUUAGUCAGGGCAAAAAGGAAACUUCUUUUCUGAAUUUCGUGGAUGUGUGCAAGAAGAUGCAUAGGCAGCCAGAUCACGUCAUGGCUUUCUUGCUUGCCGAACUGGGGGCAAGCGGAUCACUUCAUAAGCAACGGAGGUUAUAUGUGGAUGGAAGCUUUCCUGCAGAGGACUUUGAGGAAAUACUGCGGCGAUAUGCCAUUGAAUAUGUCUUUUGCGUUGGGUGCAAAAGUCCAGACACUACACUUUCAGAGGAUAAUUGUCUAUUCUUUCUCCGAUGCGAGAAGUGUGGUGUCGUGCAAUCAGUUGCUCCUGCCCAGGACAAGGUGGCCGCCGAUAUUUCCCCUUUUGAUCCUACUGAAAAGAAGAAAAAGAAGAAAAGGAAGAAAAAGCAGAAACAAGUGCGCGUCGGUGAGGAUGAAGAAGGAAUUACAUGGCCGGUAAGUAUGCAAGGUGACGCGCUCCAGAUGUUUCAUUCUGGGUGA